AUGUGGUGGGCAUUGUUAUCACCUGAGCCUCUUCCUAUGACUCCAGUCUCUCCAUCGCCUCCAUCACCUGAGGAAGAAGCCAUCAUCGCCGUCACGCACGGCUUCCUUGCGGCAUUGAAUGCGAAGUCGGCAGCCGAUUUCGAGAAAUACUGCAUCCGAGCAGGAGGCAUGUCACUUUGUCCACCGCCGCCCAUGGUACCCCGUUUCUGUACAAUUGGAGUCUUUGUGGAGCAAAUUGUAAACGUGCAGGACGACAUCGACGAGCGGAUCUGGGACCCUGAGUUGAAAGUAUACGAAUCAGGUAAUCUGGCCGCGGUGUGGGCACCGUUCAGAUCUAAGAUUAAUGGCAUUGUGAACCAUGUGGGUAUCGAACUUUUCGUGCUUCACAAACUCAACGGAGAAUGGAAGGUAACUGGGUUAGCUGAUUCAUGUCGAUGGCCAACUGAAGAAGAGAAAUAUUCGUUGCUAUAA